GCGCAUGCGCAGUGUCGGGGGGGGGGCAGCGCGGCCUAAGGCGGGGCCUAAGAUAUGGAGGCAGAGACGGGACAUCAGGUGGGGAGGCCACCGGCUGUCCCCGCGAUGGGCCUGGCGGCCGCCUCUAUCUCAGACGGAGGACCCCGGAGACAGCUGCUGAAGCCAAGCCAGCUCCCCAUUUACAGCGCGCCGCCCCUCGGCUCCCGGUACAUCGAAGAGCAGCCCGGACGCUUACAGAUGGCCAUCGCCUCGGUCCGAACCACCGUGGGACGCUACGUCAGCUGGUGCCAGGGCGUGUACAUCUUUGUGAAGACGGGGAUAGUGGGCACUGUGCGGCUUGGGAAAGAUACCUAUGUCUAUCUGAAGAACCCACCCCAAGACUUCCUUCCCAGAGCCGGUGUGAUCGCCGCUUCGGGCCUGGCGGGCUUGGCCUCAGCAAGGAGAGGCUCGCGCUGGAAGAAGAUCGCCUACCCGUUGGGACUCGCUGCGGCGGGAGCGUCCGUCUGCUACCCGGCUCAGGCGGUCAUCGUCGCCAAGGUGGCCGGGAAAAAGGCGUAUGCUGCAGGCCAGCGCGUGGGUGAAGCGGUGGGAUCGGCGUGGGCGGGAAGCGGCGCUCGGGACUCGACCCAGGUCGCGGCCCACGCCGGAUCCCGAGAAGCUGCGGAGACGCCGCCUCCACCGCCUCAGGUCCUGCUCAGGGACUCAAUUCCCGCAGCCACCAGAGGGCCCAAAUCCAGCGCCGAAACGCAGGCCCGAUCCCAGCCCAGCCCAGCAGGGGUGGGAUUCCUACUUAAGGCCAACCCCGAGCUCCUGGACCACGGCCAAGCCAACCCCGAAGACCGGGACAUGUACAGCACGAGAAGCUGAAGGGCGGGCGGGAAGACACAUUGGAAAAGACAGCGGCCGACUGUAAAAAGACGGGGUCUUUUCUCAAGUCUUCACACUUAACCGUUUCCUACUUUGGCCUGUCGUCCCAGUGCUGGGUGACAUGGAUAAGAGCCUUAUGAAAUGUCGGGUCACGACCAAGAGAUGUCCGUCAGGGCCCUGCUGCUGCUGCCACUUACUGCGGUCACUUAAAAUGGCCAGCAAGAAGGAGUUAAGGGUGUGCCAACCCCUCCGGCCAACCUUCUAUCCCUCCCUGGGCUCCUGGUCCCCCCGCCCCUCCGCGCCUUCCCCUUCCCCCCUCCACCUUGGGUUGGGAGGGCUGAUAAAUGACCUCUUUACAGCAGUUCACCCCAAAGUUGGCUCAAGUUGGAUUUCAGCAUGCUUCCCCCAGAGCGGGGGCUGCUGGAAUCAGAUGAACUAAGACCAGAUAAGCUCCCUCAGUGCUGCUUAUCCCCCUUUUCAACCCAACAAGACCCCUGGUGAAAUCACUGAGAAAAAAAAUCCAGUAAGUGCUGCCAGCUGGUGGCUCGGUUCACUGGGUAGCUGUGAGCCUGGGCUCAGGUCAUCUGUUAAUGCGAGGCUGGGGGAAGAAAGCACCAGGCUGGGAGCCAGGAGACUGGGGAGGGGGAGUUCUGCUGGGGCAGGGCCAGUGAGGGGGCCCUGGUCUGACCCAAGGGCCACCUGAGGCAUACCGCCGACCAGAUAGGCACCACAGCCGGCCAGUCGCCAUAGGCAGGGUACCCUUCAGCAGGCCGUGGGGCCCGGCCGCGGAAAUCCGCCGCCCUUGGCUGUAUGCUGGACCUCCGCCCGUCUCCUCGCUCGUUUCACGACAGGCAGGGACCAGAGGGCAUAGGUGGGCCUAUGCGACCCACUGCAGCUAGAGGCAUCUCCUCCAACCAGGGUGGCAUUCCUGAUGGAACGCUCCAUCUCCUUUGGCCUCAACCCCGGGGAACGGGUCUGUCUUCAGCGCUCAGCCGCUCCCGCACUUCCUCCCUCCUCGUCCCCCGCCCCAUUGAGCAUCAAAUAGAUACCUCCGAUGCGGCUGACGGGUACCCGUCUUACCGACAUCCUUGCCUACGGGGUUUCUUCCGCCCCGGGGGGAAGAGGCCUCUGGGAAGACCCGACCGCUCAGUCGGUCGACGGUUCUCUGACCCACCACGGCCCUGCCUUGCCCCUUGGACGUUCAGGCAGAGCUAGAAUUGAGUUGGAUGUUUCGACGUUACGAAGAAAAGCUGUGGUAAUUAUCUUCAAAAUGGGCACAGCCCUCAGAGCAAUUAGUAGGAAGUCUUAGCCAGGGCAUCCAUCUCUCCUUUUAAACCCUAACAAUGUAAGAAGCCUUCAGCAAUGCCAGCCUGCCUGGCCACCCAAGUGCCUUUCUUAGCAGCAGGGAAAUUGACCGACAACUGUGCAGGGAACUACAAACCUGAAAAGUCACCAGGUGCCCAACCAGCAGGGCCCCAGGUUUGGGUCAGUGUGACUGAGCAAUAGGACACCGCCCAAGGCGGAUAAAUGGUUUCAUUUUGUUUCCCUGUGGUCUGGGGGGGCUAGCGUUGUAGAGGGAAGAAUCGGGAGUCCAGUGAGGUUCGACGUGGGUUUCGGCCGCAGGCAGAAGUUUUCACAGCCAUAUUUUGGGGCAGCUGUUGCAUUCUCUUGCUUUCCCUCAUUUGGAACAAGGGGAAAAUAAAAGGGUUUUUUUCUGGGCAUGUGGUGCAAUCUGGCAUUAA